AUGUUCCUGCAUUUGCAACGCAACCGUUUUUGUCAGCUGCCUCCUCAAAAGAUUAUGGGAAAAGCUCUUUUCAUGUUUGAUUACCAAGCCAUUUCACCGCCGUCGGCCGCUGCCGGAAUCCUAACCGUCGCGCCGUCUUCUUAUCGCUCGUUGAUUAUGGUGGGAAAGAGGCCAAACAUUUUGGUGACUGGUACACCAGGAACAGGAAAGACAACCACGGCAACUGCUCUGGCUGAAGCCACUCAGCUCCGCCACAUCAAUAUUGGAGAACUCGUCAAAGAGAAGAAUUUGCAUGAUGGUUGGGAUGACGAGCUUGAUUCUUACAUUCUUAAUGAAGACUUGGUAUGUGAUGAACUCGAGGAUGUUAUGGAAGAGGGAGGGAACAUCGUGGACUAUCAUGGCUGUGAUUUUUUUCCCGAGCGAUGGUUUGAUUACGUGGUUGUACUUCAAACUGAUAACACCAUUUUGUUUGACCGUUUAACCAAAAGAGGGUACAAAGAAUCGAAGCUUUCCAACAACGUCGAAUCUGAAAUCUUUCAAGUUUUACUUGAGGAGGCUAAAGAAAGUUACGCCGAAGACAAAGUUAUUGCGUUGAAAAGCAACACUAUUGAAGACAUUGAUAGUAAUGUUGCAACUCUGACAGAUUGGGUCAGAAACUGGUCUCUAUAG